UCAGUGAAAAAGUACGCCUACUUCUAUUAUAUGCAUUUUGGUGCCAGAUUCGUAUCUAUAUAGUUAGAUUCAAAAUUCAAUAAAGGUAACAUUUUUAGUAAGUCAUGGUGUUCAUUUGAAUAUUUCUCUGCACGGGACAAUCAAUGCCCAUUUUCAGAUUUCGAAAUAGCUUAUUAGUAUACUGGCCUCCCCUUUAUUAUUACAUAAAAUGUAGAAUUGUACUCUAUGUAAAUGAGGGAGUCAUUCAGCGAAAAACGACGGGCUUUCAACAAAAUAUUUACUACAAAGAAAGAAGGAAGACGCAUUUUGUUAAAACAUAGAGAUUUUACACUACGAUAUCGCUGCAUGGGACGAUGAUUCGAAUUAUUAGUGGUGACACUGUUACCGGGCCUUCCUUUUGACAGUCGGCAGCCAUUGAAAUUUAAACAAAAUCCUUUUGUGUGUAAUUCGACCUUUAAUGACGUUGCAUAAUUUUAUCAAGGUAUUUGACCUGCGUCCCUUGGUGACUAUAGAGGCUAUUAUUAUAUCAAAGAAAUCGACUCACGUGCGCAGCAUGCCGACACAGCCUAUCUCUCGAGCAACAUUUACAUGAUGCUGCAGCUUUAAAAUAUUUAAAACAUAAAAUAAAAUGACCGAUCCAUUCGCCAAGUCUGUCACGUAGAAAUUGAUAGCUUUUAAAUCUGAAUCAAUAUCUCCGAUAAGAAAAUGUUAUUGUCGUGUUUGUUUAUUUUCUUGACGGAAUAAUCAAAGCGAGCACCAAAAAUAAAAACCAGACGUGACUGUGCAAGAGCCGUACGGGUGGCGAGACACAUCAGCUGCGCGAGCAAAGUCGACGCUUAUCGUCGUAUAUUGCACAAAGUGUUAAACUUAUCUCGACAAUAAGUACAGUCUACCUUCUUAUCGGGUGGAAAAAAUAAAAUUGAGACCCGUAACUCGUGCGCACGAUAACACUUUUAGUGUUCAAAAAAUAACUUAGUCGGUGUGAGUUUAUGGUAAGAGAAACAUUAUCCAGAUUUAAUUUUCUAAUUUUACUAGCGCUCAAUGUGCGCUAGUGUAAAAUGACCGCAUCACAUUAAUUAUUACAGGAUAUUUUAGGCGGAGAAAAAUAAAUCAGCACUGAGAAUGCCUGAAAAAUUGGACUACGUUACGACCCUGACACCUGAAAUCAUCGAGCGAGCCGAAAAAGAACUCGGAGAAGAUGAGCAUCGGCGAACUGAAAGUGUUUUGGCGCUCCGCGAAUGGGCCAAAAAGCAACCUCAUUUACAGGCAAUGCCUUUAGAUGCCAAAUUCCUGUUGAGAUUUUUGCGCGGCUGCAAGUACAGCGUGGAGACCGUGAAAAAGAAAUUGGACCUGACAUUGACGUUGCGCACGGCUCUUCCGGAAUUUUUCGACGGAUGGGAUCCCAUGUCACCUCAAAACCAAGCGAUUCUUAGCUUAGGAGGAACUUUUCCUCUUCCGGGGUAUGACCACUUAGGUCGUAAAGUGUUAUUUGGUCGACCCGGGGUUGCUGAUCCAAAUAAGUUUAAGUUUGAGGAUAUCCAACGAGUUGGUCUCAUGAUUUCAGAGCUGUUGUGUGAUGAGGAUGAGCAGCUGUUCAUCACUGGAAUGGUCGUUCUCGUCGACUUGGAAGGCUUCACCAUGAGCCACAUCACUUCGACUCCAAUUGCCAUGAUGAAAAAAUUAAUGCCUUGUUUUGAGGAUGCAGCACCCAUCCGCCCAAAGAGUAUGAACUACAUUCAUAAUGCGUCCAUCUUCACCGUGAUUAACAAUCUCUUUUCGGGCCUCAUGAAAGAGAAAAUGAGAAAAAGAUUGCACAUGCACGGAGACGACUUGGAAUCGCUCUACAAGGAAAUACCCAAAGAAAUUCUGCCCAAAGACUAUGGCGGUGAAAACUCGUCGAUUGCAGAGCUCACUGCUGUUUGGAAAAAGAAAUGCGAGGAUCGUCGAGAAUUUCUGAUUGCUUCAUCUAAAAUGAGGUCGGAUGAAUCCAAACGUCCCGGUAAACCCAAAACGUCCGACGAACUUUUUGGAAUUGAAGGAUCCUUCCGAAAACUUAACGUCGAUUGAAAAUGACACUUCCACCCCCUCUUUGACUUCGACUUGAAAUAAAUAAUUUUUUUUCUUCAAA